AUGAGCAUCUUCUGUGCUUCAGUAAUAAGGAUGAAUGCAUCCCUCCAGAGGCAGUCCAACAUUUCCUCAGAUUUGGAUGAAGUGUCUUCAUAUAAUUUGCUGGAGGAAUGGACUCUCAACACACCAGACACAAAUGUGAAGAUGUUUUUAAUCCCUCCCCUCGUCUGCCUCAUGGCAGGUGUCCUCAUCAUUCCUUCCAUCUUGUUUGUGAUCUUCUCUAGGUUCAGCAUCCGCCAGGAGACAAGGUACAUGCUGCUGGGGAACGCUCUGCUGUGCGAUCUGCUCUACCUUUUGCUCUACACCCUGUCAGCUGCUCUCAGCGCAGCGCAUGUAAGCCUCCCAAAGGAAGCCUGCGUUCUCCAGUUAUUUUUGCUGGCCGUGGCUUACUGUGGAGGAUUGUUCACAGCUGCUGCGAUGGUUUUGGACACGUACAUAGCUAUUCUGUUUCCUCUGCGCUACAUUGCUAUUCUGCCUUCUUCACGAACAAGGAAAGUGAUUGCAUUACUAUGGGUCUGCUCUGGGGCUCUCCCUGGGAUUUUCUUCCUGGUGCUAUCCAGCACUCACAACUUUGUGCCCUGUGUCCUGGAGAUGUGCGCAAUUCCAGUAAUAAUAUUACUAACUCUGAGUGGGACCGAUGCUGUGAAACUCUGUUUCUGGCUGUCUGUCACGGUUAUCUUUCUCUUCCUGUCCCUAAUAUUCUGUUGCUAUGGUAUUCUUUAUUUUAAAACCAGGCGAUCAGGUAUAUGGGAGAGCAUCUGCUCCAGAGCGAGCGUGACAUGCUUAAUGCACAACACCGUGUUCUUCUUUUAUUUCUCUCCACUCUUGGUCCUGUUUGUGGAAUCGUUCCUGUAUGUUAACAUUGUCAUUGGACUACAGACAUCAAUCUGGAUCUCCCUGACCAUCUGUAACGUCCUGAUGAUUCUGCCUAAAGUUUUGUUCCCCUUUCUCUACGGGCUCCGGUACAGAGAGAUCUCAGCAUCUCUCAGAUCCCUUGUCGGAAGGAAGCGUCUUCACCUGGUGUCACCCGCUCCAUCACCAUCCUGAGGAACACAGCGGACAGCCGCAUCCUUGCCUCGUCAGCAUGCAAGCCUGGUGGCAAUCACUCAGCUUCUUUCAGAAGGCCACAGGUCUUCCAUCACAUCACAUCACGGCUGGGAUUGCAGCAAAUGCUGCCCCAUGAAGUUCCAAGCUUUGUUCUGGUGUGGGAGGGCAGCA